AUGAUUCGACCCGGAGUUCGGACCUUCGUGGUCACCAAACAAGAACGGGCGCAUUAUCAUCGAGGGUUCCCGCCCCCCCUCCCUCCUCGCACUUUGCCUGCCGCCCCCGUCUCAACCGUCGUGGCCGCCAGAGUCCCCCCCCCCAGUCGAUGGAAGAGCCUAGAUCUGGUGCCGCGCUUGCAAGCCCGCAUGCCAAAAGCCGGGUGGGUUCGGCCAGAACAAGCAGACCACCCGUCCCCUGCAGCAGCAGCAAAAGAAACGGUUGGAACUGGAAUUCGAUACCUCUUACCUGGCAUGCCAGUUAAACGCAUGUCUUCUUCACUUGCUGUGACCAGGGGGCUGGGGGGGAUGACAACGGAGGGGUAUGCCCAUCAUAUGAGGAUGACGGCUCCUACGCAACCAGCUUCCGCCUGUUAAUCUGCCAUUAUAUAGGACGGCUUGAUAUAACGCACACCCUUAAAGUCCUCUGAUAAUCCUGUCGACUCGCCACUGACGGGCAUCUCGAAAAUUCCAAUUUCGCGCGAGAGAGAAUUCUGAUGGUUGGUUUAGAGUAGACCCCGUCUGCCCAGCCCGAGUGGACCGCCAAGCUGUCACCUGCGACC